AGCAGACAAUAUUUGUUGAGCGUGGGUCCGUGAGAAAUCGAUCUCAAUAAAAGUUAUUUAUAUUCUCAUUGAUGAUGAAAUUAACUAUGUCAAUGUGAUAAUUACGGAUCUGAACAUGUGUUUUACGAUUGAUUAAUCACAAAAACUCGGAACAGUCAUGGUGGAUUAUGACUGUUUUCAUACUACUUCCAAAUUCUGAAGAUACUCCAUUAUACCUACAUUAUGGUGAAUUAUAAGUUAAAGAUCAAACGAUGGAUUGAUACUCAAGCUGAUAUUGUUGACCAGUUACAAGCUCCUGACAGACACAACACUACAAUAACAAUUCCACAUGGGUUGCAGCCUGCGAAUACCCUUCGCCAUAAUGAUCUCAUAAAAUGUCACACAUACUAUUGUGGUGCAGAUGAAGAUAUAUUUGUGACGCAUCAUGGAUCAGGGCCAUCUAAUCAGGUGUCAGCCUGGCACGUUAAUCCUGUUACGAAGGAGGCUAAAGUUGAGCACUUCGAUGUCAGACCCAACAUAACUGUCUUGAUAUAUAUCACCAAAUUAAAGGUGUUUGUUGGUUUCUGCUCAGAUCUGACUAUACGAGUGUUUGAUAGCUUAAAAAGGGAUUUCUCAGAGAUAUCAAUAACUCUCUGCCGCAACUCAAUAUUGAGUUUGGCUUACAACAGAGACACUGAGGAAUUGUAUGCUGCAGGUGUAGGAUGUCUUCUAAGAUACAAACUUGGCCCCAAACAGGCGAGAGACAAGUUGGCUUUAAAUGGCAAGUUUGAGUUAACAUUAACUCGGGACCAAUGGGUGACAAUGAUGAUGGUGGACAAUAAACAUAAACGUUUGCUUGCGUUGACGGAUGAUGCAGUUUUUGUCUUCAAUUACAUGACUGGGGCUUUAACCCAUCACCUUAUGAACAGGCACAACCAUUCAUUGACCAGUUGCUGUUUCUACAAACCAUUUGACUAUUUCAUCACUGCUGCAAGGGAUGGCUCUCUCAAAGUAUGGAAUGCACUCGUCUUCGCACAGAUGUUUGAGUUCAUGGGACACUACGAGGCCAUUACAGGUCUGAUGACUCAUCCUACAGAGCCCAUCCUCAUCUCUGCAUCCCAUGACGGGUCAGUGAGAAUGUGGAGACUAGACACAUUUGAACAGUACCAGCGGCUUGAUGUUGGAGAAAAGGUCUUGAGCAUGCGACUUCUAAAUUCUCAUGAAUUGUAUUUUGCUACGAGGACACAGUUAAGACUCUGGAAGCUUAACAUGUUUCAUACGCUGUAUUCUCCAAUUCAAGCAAGUGUGCACAAGAUGCAGAGGUAUCAAGCAGAGGGUAGGAACUCACGUAUCCUAGUUGCAUCAGAGGAUGGAGGAGUGCGUGUGUUAUGUCCAUCUACUGGGUGUACUCUUACUAUUGUAUACCCCAUGCCUGACUUCCCAAUGUUCCAUGAUAUAUUGAUGGACCUCAAGACAGACAGACUCUACGCUCUCUUGCCAUCUGGUCAAGUGCUGGUGUUAGAUUGUUCCACCAACCCUUGUUCUGCCUGUUGCCUCCUAGUUCCAGAGAGUCCAGAUGAACAUAUUCUAAGCCUGGCCCUUGUAAAGCUGGAUCUCGCUGUUGGAGCUCAAGAAACUAAAUACACAGAGCACAUAAUUUUUGCGGGACACAAAAAUGGACAAAUAUCAUUGUUGAGUGCCAGCAAGAGUGAGAUGCCACAUAAUAUACAGGCUCACCAUGGUGAAGUGACUACACUCGCUGUAUCACAUCAACUUAGCAGUUCACUGACUAGCAGUCCUAUUGGUAUGUAUGAUAGGCUGCUGUCAGGGAGCACUGAUUGUUCAGUGAAAGUGUGGGAGAUAAGACAGUCACAGACUUCUCAAAUAUCUCUCUGUCCACUGAAAUUGAUUUCUCUACAAGGAACCCCCACAUACAUAUGCAUGCUGGGAAAUAUCCUGGCUCUCAGCCACUCAGAGAGCAGCACUAUCUUUAUGUAUGAGCUUUAUGGGAAGACUGAAAGGGAUGGUGUGAUGUUGCUUGACCACUCCAAGGAAGAUGACCACUCCGCUGAUAUUAAUGGGCUCUCAGUAUGUGCCAACAACAGAAUAUUUGCUACUUCAAGUCAGGAUGGACUCUUAAAGAUUUGGAACUGGAGGGGUGAGCUAUUGAGAGAAAUGCAGUUUGACAACACACUUAAUGGUGCAAGUUUCAUCAACACUCAGGGUGAUAUACUAGUGGGAUACCAGAAUCAUCUUCAUGUUGUUCCUAUGACUAACUACCUACCAAUAGAUGCAUUGGAGAAGAUGGUGCUCAUGGAUUUUCCGGAGGACCCUGUAGAAGAUCCUAUACCAUUUGACCAUGAUGUGCAGCUUUGGUUUGAUGCAAGUACUAUACAAAAGUGCAGUGCAAGUUUAAAUACUCGCAAACUAGAAGAGGAAGCAAAAGCCAAGGAAGCCCAACACGUUGCAGCGGGUGAUGGCCUGCAUGUGACGGAUGACAAUGUAACAGUCGAAAAAGAAGUAGCCGAACAUAUCCCACAGUUAUCAAGAGACUUGUCUCAAAUUGCUGAGGAAAUCACUCCAGCUUUAACAUCAGAUUCGACUGCUCAGCAAACAACUUUGGAAUCUGGAGUCAAAAAGUCAAAAUCUCUGAGUGAUAAAAUCAAACCUAAACCGAGUAGAUCAACUGGGAAAAUUUCAAAAGCAAGAAGUGAACCUAAAGUUAAAUCAACUAAAUCUCUGUCUAGAGAAUAUAAUAGUUAUAAAUCAGAAAAAAUACAGACAACCAAAAAGGAGGAGAGAAUGGUUGAAUUAAAAGAAACUGUGAGUGCUGAAAAUGACUCAGUUACUGAAAUGGAUACAAAAGCUAAGGAUGAUGGAGAUGAUGCUAAAGGGAAAGAAGAAGAGAUAGUCAAGGAAGAGGUGAAGAAAGUUGAAGAAAAACCAAAAAAGUUUUAUCCCAUUGCACCAGAUGGUUAUAUUCCCAACUCUGUAGUUAGGAGUUUGUUGAACUUUAAACCUCCCCCUGACAUCAUCCAUGAACAAGCACCUUGGAAACUAAAACCGGUUCCUCAACAGAACCCAAAACAUCAGGUCCACUUUGCUGAUAGUGAAAUCUCUUCACAAAGUUCUUUUGUGGCUAAAACUCUUGGUGCCAAUAAGGUGCUUCAGUAUGCUAAUGGGGGUCUCCUGGCACCCCUCCAGCCGAAUAAUGUUAACCUGUUACCAACAACCUUGUCCAAGAAGGAACAAGAGGAAUCCUUACAUGAACCCUUGUUGUGGGACACUGUUGAUGAUGAAGAGGAAAUAGAAGUUCCUACGCCAAGAGAAACAAGUGCCUCCUCCCAUGUUUUAGAAAAGGAUGAAGAGGCUGAAGUUGAAACUGAAAUGUCCAAACCAAGAAAUCUCAAAAAGUUGGUGAAACCAUAUAUAACGUGGAAAACAGAUCAAAUUAAAAUUGCGAAAAGAGAUGUGAAGAAAAUUGACAUGGACUUCAGUCGAGUAAAGAAAACAGGUGUGGGUAAGAAGGCGCCACCUGGUGGAAAAGGUCCUAAAGCUCCAAGGACAAGACCAGUAGCUGGCAUAGCAGAGGAAGAAGAAGAGGAAGAGCAGCCUGAUAAGGAAGAGGAAGAUCAUCUUCCUGAAUAUGAGGAUAUACCAGAGCUAAUCCAAGAGAUCAUAGAGCAGCCCUGGUUCCCCAAGGGAGCUGAACCCACCACAAAGGGUGUCACUGAGGCAUUUAUAGGAAUCAUGGACAAUGUGGGUGUGCCCCAACAUAAGCAACUCUGCUCAUAUAUUCCACGAUUGAAGAAUGAGCUGGAUUUAGCCCCAGAGCUUCUGGACCAGCUUAUAGAUAAGCUAAGGGAGCAGCUAAAGCAUCCGGUGGCUGGGAUUCGGAUGACUGCAGUCAGGACACUAGAGGCUUUGGGAUUGAACCGUAGGGAGAUUAUCAUGGAUCUACUUCCUAUGCUGAUAGAUGACCAUGAGGAAAUAAGUAAAGCUGGGCUGCAGGCACUACAAACGCUGACUGGUAUAAAGGAUAAAGACAGCCUCCUUCACUUGCUACAAGAUGCUGAUGUAAACCCUCCCUUCUCAAGCAAGGCAGAUGAGGAGCUGACUGAUGCUAAUGAUCCCACACUAAAAGAUGCUCAGAGGUCCAGAACCAAACCAUCAGUUAAGAAGAAGGCUAGACAAAGAAACACAAGACUCUUACAAGAUGGCAGACAAAAAUCAGGAGCACUUCGACUUGUUUCAUCUCCAAGAACUCAGACAGGAAGUUCAAAGACCCCUGCUGAUGAUAGUAAAUCAGGACCCACUGAUGCAACACAAGCACAGUUUGGUUCCAGUCGCACUACUUCAUUUACUCCUGGUAGACCCGGGAUGAAGAAAGAACACCCAGACAAAUCAGACCAAGCUAAAGCCAAUGCUGCGAGACUACAGAAAGUCAGGUUACCCCAAGAAUUUGUUAACAUUGACCUAGAUUCAGACAAAGACAACGCCAGUGUGGCAGGUAGUGAAGCAAGCAGAUCAUCUGUCAAAAGAGCAAAGAAAAAGAUCUUACCACAUGACCCAGCCAUGCACAAGUUGUACUCCAAGAAGAAAGAAGUGAACCAGGGAACACAUGAAGAUGUCAUUAGCUCCAAAGACAGUCUUGACUCCUCACCAAAACUACGGCGUUUACGAUCAUUGAGCUCACCCCCUAAAACAGUUAACACAGAAUUUGGAGAAUUUGAGAGUGACAGUGAAUCUAGAGGUUUCCCUGCUCCACCAAAUACAGUUCAACAGUUAAACAAUUCCCUUGACUCUAACUUAGAUACACUGGACAGAACAGGUGACUCUAUAGGUAACAUAGUUAAGUCUAAGCCAGAUGAUGGAACCCUAGCUGGGGACUCUGGCAAUAGAUUAAGUAAUGGAAGAAGUUAUAGUGAACCUGGAAGGUUGUAUAAUUAUGAUGACAGCUCAAAUGGAUCUAGCAUCUCAGAGAACUCAGUAUUGAAUGACUCUAUGAACAGUACCUCUGAUUCACAUGCUAAACUUGCAGGAAAAGUCACCACCAAAGAGAACCUCAGAGACUCACAGGGGAGAAAGAUUGAUUCUCAAAGAAGGUUGAUUGAUUCCCAGGGAAUGUUGAUUGAUUCCCAGGAAAGGUUGAUUGAUUCCGAGGGUGGGUUGAUUGAUACCCAAGGACAACUUACUAUUUCUAAUGUACCCAAAGGUAACCAAAGAAUGAAGAAUAGAUUGUUGGAGAAUACUGACACAGAGUCUGAUGCUGGCAUUGGAAGUCAGAAAUCUGGGGACCUCUCAAAUAAUAUGAACUUACUGAAGAUCCAAGAUGAUGCCAGUGUGGAGGAUUCUGGGAUAGGGCAAAUGUCUGAUGUCUCAUCAAGUUACCCUAGCUACAAUAAAACAUCAUUGAUCAACAGGGGUAUACCUCAACUAUCGACUGUUAAGUCAGUGAAUGGUAUGGAUGGACACACGUCACCUCCUCCUGAAAAUUGGAGGGAAUUUUUUGAACACCCUGCAGUUCAGGAACAUCGAAAGAUGGCGCUAGUGAAAAAGGAUUUUGAUGAGGGUCGAACACAUCCUCUGACACUGCCUCCUAUCAAGUACUUGACUGAAACAGAUGAAAAGUUGCCAGCUGAGAGUGGACUUAGACUCCUGCACACAGUAGCAGUAGAUAAGGAUGUUGCUGCACAUGAAAAGGCAUAUUAUGUGGACCCAAUGCCUGCCAAACUUGGAGUUAGCACAAGGCUUGAUGACGAAGGCAAUGUACAGUAUGGUAUUCUCAAUAUGAAGUGGACAACUGGACAAAGCAGCUCUAGUGGAACAAAUAGUGGCAAUAGCUCCAACAGGAUUACCAACUUCCCCAAAGUACAGAAAGUCCACUCUCCACCAAGCAUCCACAGUGGUACAAGCAAGGGAAGAAGUUUAUAUAAUGAUCAAGUGGAUCGGCACUCAGCAACCUCCAAGUCGUUUCCACCAGUUUUCCUUCCUAAGCUUCAGAACAAGCCAAAAGAUGGCGUAAGUGUUGAAGGCAAAUACUUUAAUUCUGAUUGUGAUGCAUACCAAUGGGACACGCCACUACCCCCUCCCCCACCAAAAGAAUCACGAAUGAACAAUGAGUUUGUUCGCAAGCAACAUCACCACUAUUGCGACUAUUAUAACUUAGUGAAGAAGAAAAUGCAUCUUCACACAUCAAUCUCUCGAUAUCUGAACCACAAGGCAACUGUUAACAAAUUAUUUAAGUUAACCAUGUCAGGGGACAACAAGCAGGCAGGGGUUCCUUCAUAAUGUCCUCUCUACAGCUAGACAAUGUAACUGUGAUGUUGGUGCCAUCACCAUAGGAACCAACAGACAACACAAGUCAGAUGUUGGAAUAUCAAUAGGAACUAACCAACAUCCAAAUUCAGGCAUUGGGAUUUCAAUCAGCUCACACAGGCUUCCUAACUCUGAUAUAGGAAUUUCAAUUAAUGGAAGCAACCAGCUACGCAAAUCUGAGGAUGGAAUAGAAAUAGAGACCAAAAGGAAAUCAAACACUGUGUUACCUCCAUUUCCACCUGUUGUAAUCAAAGUUGGGUAUUGACAAUGAUAAUUCAAAGGAGAGUUCUGGUCAAAGAUUCAUAUUUUACAGUCCAAAUACUGCAGAUUAAGUGUGUGACCAUGCACAAUAUCUCGAUAUACCACUCACUUAACUCAAGAAGAACUUCACAUUGUUUUGACCAUUUGUUUUUCUUCACAAUUCGAUCAUAUAUGAUUUUCAUAGAUUUGAAAAUUGUUUUACGAUAGUUUUGACUUUCAGUUCACUGGUAGAUACUAGUGACAUCUUUGUUUUGUAAGUAUGUUUAGAAUGAUACAACUUUGGUUCAAGAAGGAAGGUUCAGAUGUUUGAGAAUGUUAAAGAACCAGUGUCUUGAAAGAAAACACCAAUAAUGACACAAUAAUUAUAAAUUAAAUUGCAUAAACCUUUGUGUAACUUUCAUGCUUCAGUGAAAUUUUUAAUCUAUGCAAUAUUUACACAAUACUCGUUACAAUAUUGCUGCACAUUUAGAAUUUUAAUACUUCAUCCAUAUACUGUACUAUGUAAACUAUACACUGUAGUACUAUACUGUGUUCAAUUGUUCAUGGAUACAUAUGAAUGUAAUUUACUAAAACUCUUUGCUCAAGUGUAUAGUUGAUCAAUCAUGUAAAAUAUAAUUUUAACACUGAUAUCUAAAUCUAAACUAUAAAGUACAUAAUCAUAUUGAAAUUAUACUUUUUAUCCUAUUUUCAUUCUUUUUGUCGGCAUUUAUCAAGGGGGCAUUUUAAUUUUAGUCCCACCUCUUGAGCUUUUGGUCAUUUUAUCCUCCAAUAUUCGUAGAUUUUCUAUAUAUUUAUGAACACUGAUGAAUCGAAGAUCUUAUCAAAUACACAUAUACUAAUAAAUGGCUGGCCAUGUUUAAGUGAGUAAAUGAGUGAUUCCAAUCAUGAUCGACAUAUAGUAUUUCUUUUACUUCAGGUUGUAUAACUAAAGUUUAACCAAUGUUAUGUUAUUUCACAGCUAUAUUGUUAUUACUUCUACAUUCUUUGUAUUUUUCUAUGAAAUGUGCAAUAUGUAUCACUGGAUGAUAUUGACAGAUUUGCAAAUAGAUUUUUGAAAACAAAAAAU